AUGACAGUCGUCCACAUAGUCUUAUUCAAGUUCCGCUCCGAUGUCUCGGAAGACCACAAAUCCACAUUCGUCCGCGAACUCAAAACCCUCAAAUCCCUCCCCUGCGUCAAAGACCAACGCCUCAUCGUCGGCGGGCCCUCCAUCACGGAUCCCAUCGAGAGGAGCAAAGGCUACCACUUUGCGCUACUGAGCUUUCAUCAAGACCGAGAAGCGCUGGAGACGUAUCAAGCUAGUCCGGAGCAUCACAGAGUAACGAGUACAUAUUUGUGGCCUUUCAAGGAGGAUGUAACCAGAUUUGACUUUGAGGUUGACCAGGAGGACGAGUAUAUGUGCGAGUUUAUGGCCAAAGGGCUGGCAAAUGGGUCGGCGUAG